AAAAGUUAAAAAGUUGGUGAAUAGUACCGAUCGUUAAAUCCUAAGAAUGGAUCCGAAAGCAGAGGAGUUUAAAGCGGAUAAUCCGCUUCACACCUUAGGCUUCGUGUUCGAAGAGCUAUCCGCCACCAGAGUCUCCGGCCGCCUCACCGUGACUGACAAAUGCUGCCAGCCGUUCAAAGUCUUGCAUGGCGGCGUAUCUGCUCUGAUCGCCGAAGGACUCGCAAGUCUCGGCGCCGGAAUCGCCUCUGGUUAUAAACGUGUCGCCGGUGUCCAUCUUUCCAUUCAUCAUAUUCGACCUGCUGCUCUCGGCGAAUCCGUCUUCGCCGAAUCUUUUCCGGUCUCCGUCGGGAAAAAUAUACAGGUAUGGGAGGUUCGGUUAUGGAAAACCAAGGAAACGGAAGAACCGGAGAAGAAGAAAAUGAUAUCAACAUCCCGUGUUACUCUCUUAUGUGGUUUACCUAUACCGGACCACGCUAAAGAUUCUUUGGACCACCUCAAGAAGUUUGUAUCCAAGUUGUAAUUUUCGUACUGUAUCUUUCUCACAGUCAUGUUUGUUGGCAAUAAAAGCACGGUUUAUUACUUUGGUGGUUGUAUUGUAUUGUAUCUACCAACAAUUACAUAAAUUGCCCCAAAGUCUUUAAUCUCUGGUCUAAUGUGCAGAUCAUUUCUUAAAUCUUAUAUUAAUAGAAUAUGUUGUUAGAAGAUCCAAGUGGCAUUAAAAUAUGAUUAUUUUAUAUUAAGAGAAUAUGU